AAUUAUCGCUGCGGCUCCGGCGCCUUUUCGAAUGUUAGGCUAAAACUGAUAACACCAAUAUAUAAAAACUGUAGAAUGCCCCCUGGGACUAAAAUAGACAAAGAACAUCAGUUCUAACCAUGGAUUAUACUAUUCUGGAAUUAUUUGAUUCCCUUGUGAUCUCUACCACGGCCAUAGAUGCUCAAACAACCACGCACGACGAAAGCUGCGAAUUAGAUGAGGGCGACAUUACAUUUGGAAUGAAUGACGGUCUAUUAGCCAUUAUAAAGCGAAUAUCGUCCCUUCACUUUCGCUCAAGAACCGGAAAAGUAAAUAACUCUACGACAAUUACGGAAGCUGUGGGCAUAUGGCAGGACCUAGCGACAUGGCAACCUCCAGAAGCACUACCCGGUGAACAAUACCAAGAGCUAUACGAUUCUUACACAUCGGCACUUUUUACCUGGCUCUACCUCAUUCUGCACCCCGACAGUAUGUGCGAUGAGAAAGUCCAGUCAAUGGUGGAACAAGGCGUUGUGGCGAUGUCGGCUAUCACCAUUCUCGAGCUGUCACCAUUUCUGCUCAUCCCACUAUUUAUUCUCGGCAUGGCCAGUAUACAGGACGAUCAUAAAGACUUUAUCGGCGGGCUCUUUGAUCAAAUCGAAGAGCAGACCGCGUUUGAAGAGGUGGAAGUAUAUCGCACGAUGGUGGAACGCAGUUGGGAAAGCCAAGACCAAGGAAUUCCGCGAAGUUGGGAGUGGAUCAAAUGGCAGGACGCAGGAUCUGCAGGGUGACAGUUGUUCUUAUCGGCUAUUCUAUUGUACUCGACCUGGUCGAAUUGGAUGUCGCCGUAUCGUCCUUGCAGCGGCGGCUAAUAGCGGAUCAGGUAAAAUAUCAGCGAGAAAAUCC